AUGCACCGGACGCUUUUACCUCGGAGUUACCUCGGAGCGCUUGAUGUUAUUGCGAUGAACAACAACUUCAUGUUGGAGGAAGUUGAAGGCCCUAGGGGAACAUCGCCGCAAACUUCCUGUCAGUCAUUGGAGCUACAUAUCUACAAUGCUACUAACAAUCUCCAUGAUGAGGUCAUUACUGCCCCAGAGAGUGACCUUAAUAAUUCCCCAUCAAACUACCCACGCGGGUGCUCACGGGCGAUGCUCCAAGGAAAGAUAUCUCCCGAAAUAUCCCGUCCUCCAGUGCCUUCCUGGAAACCAACUUGGCUUUUUGAAGGCACCACGGAGUGGACGGGAGGAAACUUUCAUUUCUUGAAGGGCCAAGCUCGGGGUUUGACACGCUGUUUCGGAACGCUAUCUACAACGAAUCCGUUUAAACCCAGGAAACCAAAUUCGCUUGUGGGUGCUUGCUCUCAACCAGCAAUGGCAGACGGAUUCCCUUCGGUACUGCGUUCCCAUGCGAUUUUCAGAUAUUUUGGGCUAGGAUAUUUAGACUAUACAAUGACCGCAUCUAGCAUCUACCUGCAGAAGAAAUCAGAAGCCUUAGAGAUGCACCAAGGCAUGGAUGUAUAUCUUGCCAAUGCAGCCAAGAUAUGA